GUUUGUCCAGUCGCGGCUUCCGUCGUCCCAUUGACAGAAGGUUACAGCAGACCUGAGCACUAGUGGAGUUUAUAGAGCGGAUUAACAGAGAGAUCUCGGGUCCAGGUGAGACUAGAGCUGAUCUACAGGUAGAGGAGCCGCGCGGGGGAGUGUAGAGAGCAGUACUGCAGGCCUUGAGUUUGACCCCUGGCCCUAUGUUUUCCUGCUCUAACACACCUGAUUCAACCCCUCCGAACUCCAGCCCCUAUGUUUGCCCUGCUGUGGAGUGUAAACCGAAGAAGCCCAACAGGAUGACCAGUGUGCUCUGUAGCAGAGCCAGGCUGGUGACGUAUCUGCCAGGGCUUCAUGUUCUCGUGCGACGGGUCACAGCAGCUCGAACUUUCUCUGGAACAUCUGGCUCUGAUGAGCCUCAUGUGAGCUUCACACCCCCAGAUAUGGGGCCCCAAACAGUGUGGCCAGAUGACACCAUGGGCCCUUUUGGACCUCAGGACAAGCGCUUUCAGCUGCCUGGGAACGUAGGCUUUUCCUGCCAUCUAGAGGGCGUAGCUCAACAGAAGAGCGCUCCUACCCACAAGACCGUUCCAGACGUCCUGACGGCCCCAUCUAGCAGUGAGAGGCACGAGUUCAUCCUGGCUCAGUUCGUCACAGAUUUCCAUGAAAAAGAUGAAGCUUCGUCGAGUGUCAGCAGUCCAGAUCACUAUUUUGAUCAUUCUAAAGUGGAAUGUGCGAUACAGUCCUGCCCAGAACUGCUAAAGAAAGACUUUGAGUCGAUGUUUCCUGAAGCCCCCUCCAAUGGCAUGAUGGUGGUCACUGUGACUCAGAAGACAAAAAAUGAUAUGACUGCUUGGUCAGAGGAGGUGGAUCAGGAGAGGGAGGAGCUUCUAGAAAAAUUCAUUUCAGGGGCGAAGGAAAUCUGCCUGGCCCUCCGGACAGAGGGGUUUUGGGCCGACUUUAUAGAUCCGUCAUCUGGACUAGCUUUCUUCGGGUCCUACACAAACAACACACUGUUUGAAACAGAUGAGCGAUACCGCAACCUAGGUUUUCAAAUCGAGGACCUCGGCUGCUGCAAAGUGAUCCGUCACACCCUGUGGGGGACGCACGUGUUUGUGGGAACAGUCUUCACCAACGCACCAACCACCAGCCUUAUAAUGAAAAAGCUCCAAGGGGAUUAAUUUAUCAUAUGCUGGACAAGAACAAGAUAUAUUCAAACACUUUCGUUUUUUUUUCUUCUUCAAGAUCAAGACAGUUUUCCCAGUCUCUGUACUUGCUUGCUUGAAGUGCACUCGACCAACUAACAGCACCAAACGCACUUGGAGUGCACAAGUAUAGAGACUGGGACAAAUAGCCUGAGAUUUGAUUUCAUCUCUAAUUCAGGUUUGUUGGAAAUUAUUAUGGGGCAACGAAGGCGACGUUCACACAGCAGGUAAUAGUGGCACAAAUCUGAUUUUUGCAAAAAAUACUUUUAUUUUAGGCUGUUCACACAUCUUUUUAACAUUACCCACAUCUGAACAGUUCAGGCUUCUAAACUAAAGCUUUUGUGCGAAAUAAGCCAUGCUUCACGUGAAGUUUCGGAUUCAUUUUCUGUUAAGCAGGUGCGACUGCAGCUAGGCUUAUCAUUAAGAUUUCUUUCCAGCUCACUUUAUAAACUUUUUUUCAGCCACAUCCACUUCAUUGCUUUGUGUAAUUGUGUAAUUGGUUUCUUUAUACUUCUUCCUUUUUUUUUUUUUUUCUAUUGAUGCUAUAGCAUCGCCCUCCUGUGAAAAAUUGAAGGAUAUUUCUGGGAUCUGUUACCUGUUUUGAGAGAGAUUUCCUGCCAUUGAAAUCCUUACUCACUGCUGUUUUCCAUUUUUCCAUUUUCCUUACAAUAUUUUUCCCCCUUCUCCGUGAUCUAAAAGUCAAAUGAAUUCCAAUCUAACUGUUCAAACUGAGUGCAGAUUGGAUUUUGGCCAAUUUACCUGCUGUGUAUAAACCUAACCUUAGUUUUAAGUCAUCCCGUGGCUGAGACCUUGGAAAGAUGUAUUUAUUUUUGUGAAUGAUGGGAAGGUCAUCAUUAAAAGAAGAAAUCAGUGUGAUUUGAAUGGUAUUUUCUGUAUUGGAAAAUAUGUAAAACUCUAAAACAGAUAUUCUGUUGUUGCCUUUCCUUAAAAUGCCUUUCCUUUCCAACCUCACAGAGUUUAAUUACCAGUGUAGUGCUGGUGGUAGAGUAUUUUUCAAUGAACUGUAGUAGUGUAGUCAUUAUUGAUGGGUUAUUGAGUAUUGAUUAGAUCUCAGUAUAAUAGAUCAGUCAGUUAGUCUGUUGAAUACAGAAAGCGAGUGAGUACAAAAAGACUGUGUUCUUGUUACUUGGUGAGAAUAAAUAGCUGUGGGUAAAAUGUGAAAUAAUUAAAUUGACCAUUGGUGGAACAACUAUUUACCUCCUCUCUCAAAUAAUUGUAUAUAUUUAUUGAUAUGUAUAAAAUAAAGUAUGUAUCUAAGA